CGACCAUUGGCGCUGCUUCGUCAUCCCACAUCUCGGCAUCGUCUGGGAGCCAUGCGCAGAUCGACAAGUGUGUUGACCGUGCUUGUUUUUGUAAAUCCUCACUCAUAACUUAUCCUCAUUUUUGCUUCUUCCUUUGCUUUGCAACUAGUUUGGUUGUGACCAUCAUACAAUACGGCUCAGUCUUAUCUUUCCGAAGGACAGCGACGGUGCUACAAAUUCGCCCUUUCGCCAACGAGGUACCUCGUUUGUGUUUCAUGCGUAGCUCCCACACAUAAAUACCCAGGUGACAAAGACCUGUGAAGGGUCACAGGAGCCCGUCCCGCCGCUCCUGCAGACUUGGUCUAUAAGUGGCUUGUAGACCAGAUCAAUCACUCUGAGGAGCGUCAAGGUAGAAUCAUGGUGGGAAGAAAACUAUUGGCUGCACUGUUGGCGGCUACCUCAAGCACAGCGACCCCUAUACUGAAACGAGACUUCGCAUAUGGUUCAACGCCGGUGCGAGGUGUCAAUAUAGGAGGUUGGUUGCUGCUCGAACCUUACCUCACUCCAUCCAUAUUUGAGCCGUUCGGUGGUAGCGUUGUUGAUGAGUAUACUUUUACACAAAACGUGGCCAACGCCGGCGACAUUUUACAAAGUCACUGGGACAGUUGGGUGUCCUUGGAAGAUUUCCAAAAGCUCGCCAACAAUGGCUUCAAUCUCGUCCGUAUUCCCAUAGGCUACUGGGCCUUUCAGAAGUAUCCGGGCGAUCCUUAUAUCCAGGGCGCAGCAGAUUAUCUGGAGAAGGCCAUUGGCUGGGCUCGACAGACGGGACUUGUAGUCUCGAUUGACUUGCAUGGUGCGCCUCUGUCACAGAAUGGUUUCGACAAUUCCGGCCAGAGGACGUCUGACCCCGGCUGGACUAGAGACACCACAGUCGAUGUGACUCUCGAUGUUAUCGGAAUCAUAUCACGGAAGUAUGCUACCAGCGAGUACUCCGAUGUGGUUGCGGCCAUUGAACUCAUCAAUGAACCAGUGGUGACCUCCCUUGACGGCGGAAAGGAUGCAGUGGUAUCUUACUACCAACGAGGAUUCGAUAUCGUGCGAUCAUCAGGCCAAACCCCAGUCGUUAUCUCGGACGGGUUUGACAACCCCUCGGAAUGGAAUGGCAUUUUGACCAGUCAAGGUGCCAUCGUCGACCAUCAUUAUUACCACUCUUUUGGACCGGUGCAUCUCUCUUACGACGAGCACGUCCAAGCUGUCUACUCCGACGCCGAGACUUGGGCCCGGGGUCAGGACAAAUUGGUAGUGGUCGGUGAAUGGUCUGGUGCCAUGACCGACUGCGCGCCCUUCCUCAACGGCGUUGGAUAUGGCGCCCGAUAUGAUGGGACAUAUUUCAAACAGAACCCAGAUGGCACGUAUACCACUUCCGAGUACAUCGGCUCAUGCGCCAUCAGGAACCACAUCGAGCAGUGGGACGACGGAUUGCGCGCCGCCACCCAUGCAUAUUUGGCCGCCCAGCUUGACGUCUAUGAAAAUCAAGCUCAGGGCUCGAUCUUCUGGAAUUUCAAGACAGAAGGCGCCGCCGAGUGGGAUUUGUUCCGCUUAAUAGAUUACGGUGUAUGGCCAGGUUUCAACUAGCUGGAUAACAGCACUGCGUUUGCACCUGGGAGAAUGUCUGCUGGCUGAGGAACACGUGAGCAGCAGUCAUCAAAACAUACGGUCGGAGUUACGGGCAUUAUGUGCGAACCUUUUCCGCCUGCAGGCGUGAAAUAAUGAGAGUAAUAGACGAAGUGUGAUCGCAGUAAGCGUGCAAGAGAGAUAGAGAGAGAGAAAGAGAGAGCAUCUAGAUGCAUAUACCCGUGGUAUGCGGGACGAGCAAUGGCAAAUACCCUCCAAAACACCUACAGAAUGUGGUCGCUUUGGUCAGAAGACCAACACCAUGGUCCAUAUCAAGUCCCAAGGAAAGGAAAAAAAGGGAUAAUUGAGACACAUCAUGCAUACAUGCAUCGCAUUGUAUUUGAAGCCUUUCUAAUUG